CUCGCGUACGCCGGACGGGAGAGGAGUGAGCAUGCGCAUUGAGUUUUCCUUUACUUCCUCUGGCGGCUGCUCCUGUUUCCGGCCCCCCACUUCCCUGGUAACAAUGGAGCAGAAAAUGGCCGCCUGAGAAGGGGAGGGAAGGAGACGCUGCUGCCGCUCGGGGAGGGACGGAGCAGAGCGAGCCAGGGCCGAGCCCGCUGAGCACCGGGGCAAGCAACGGACCGAGACCCGGGGGGAGGAGGGAGCCUGGCGGCGGCGGCGGCAGACACCAAUUGGUAUUUCUUGGUUGAUCUGAAGUAUUGAUGUUUAACUCUUUCCUUCAGUGAGGACUGCAAAGCUGAGCAGCUUCAUUGCUAAAAAAUCAAGUGGCAACACUUGAUUAGGUUAUGUUUGAUUUAGAGCUUCCAUUAACCGGAGGUCCUGUUUCUGCUGAAACUUGAGCACUACUCGACGGUCAUCAGUUUUGCGGGUCUGGCUCCCCAGGAUGCUACCCUACUUUUGCUGCUCUCCCUUUCAGUGACGACAUUGGCUGCUGACAUACCACAGUGCUGCUUCCUCCUAACUUCAGAGUGGGCGUUUUGCUUGCUGACCUUACAGGAUGCUCAAUUUUAGAGCAAGAGAGAACCAUUUUCAUGAGACUUCUCUUGUGAUACCUCAUGUCCAAUAGGUCUUCUCUUCUGUGAUCUGCACUCACUACAUCUUAGAGACAUGAGCUCCUCCAGACAUUUGUGCUCUCCCUCGCCAGUUCUGUGCUGACAGAAGAAGGGAAAUUUCAGGUUGUGUUACGCAGAUACUUUCCCACUCUUUCAUCAACAUGGAAAGCUCAGAUUCUAACGAUAAAGGAAGUAUUGAUCACUCAGAAGCACAGCGCCGGAGUCAGCUGGAUCGAUUAGAACGUGAAGAAGCUUUUUAUCACUUUGUAAAUAACCUGAAUGAAGAGGACUAUAGGCUUAUGAGGGAUAACAAUUUGCUAGGAACACCAGGUGAAAUUACUGAAGAAGAACUGAUGAGAAGGCUACAUCAAGUUAAAGAAGGUCCACCACAGCAAAACGGUGAUGAGAAUAGAGUUCCCUUUCUUUUGACAGGUGCAGAAUCCACAGAAGAUGUUUCUAAUAGAGAUUCCAUAAUAGACUGGCUUAAUUCAGUACGACAGACUGGAAAUACCACACGGAGCGGGCAAAGAGGAAACCAGUCUUGGAGGGCAGUGAGCCGGACUAACCCUAACAGUGGUGAUUUCAGAUUCAGUUUGGAAAUAAAUGUCAACCGUAAUAAUGGGAACCCAAACCCAGAAGCUGAAAAUGAGCAAUCUGUAGAGCCCUCCAAUGGUGAGGAUUUGGAAAAUAGCCAAAGUGACACUGAGACUCCAAGAUCUGAAUCGCCAUCUGUAAGGCAGCCUGGAUCAGACAGAAGUACCUCUGAGGAGUUAGCAACUGAGGAAGCAUCUCCUGUCAGAGGCCAGAGAAGAGCAAGAAGCAGGAGCCCAGAACAACGAAGAACCCGGGCUAGGACUGAUAGAAGUAGGUCACCUAUUAAUCCAGCAAGCGAGACUCCUCGUAGGUCUCCUCACAAUAUGCCAUCUCAGACUCUUGAUCAUUCCCUGGUAAAUGAAUCCGAGGGAAGUUCUAGAACUAGACAGCAUGUGACGUUAAGGCAACAUACAACGGGGACUGAGAUUGCAAGUGAAAAUGCAGUUCUGUUUUCAACCCCUGAAACAAGACCUGCUCCUCCAGCAUUAGGUUCUUCAGAAACAAAUGGCAGCAGUGAGUCUGCAGCUCCUGGACAGAGGCCACCUACCAUAGUUCUUGAUCUUCAAGUGAGAAGAGUCCGUCCAGGAGAAUAUCGGCAGAGAGACAGCAUAGCCAACCGAACCCGAUCCAGGUCCCAGACACCAAACAAUACAGUCACUUAUGAAAGUGAACGUGGAGGGCUUAGGCGCACAUUUUCACGUUCAGAACGGGCUGGAGUGAGAACUUAUGUCAGUACCAUUAGGAUUCCUAUUCGUAGAAUCAUAAACACGGGCUUUAAUGAGACAACAUCAGUCGCAAUUCAGACCAUUCUGAGGCAGAUAAUGACAGGUUUUGGAGAAUUAAACUACUAUAUGUACAGUGAUGGUGAUGCAGAUCCUAGUGGCCCAGUCCCAAACCAAAAUGUAGAUGCUCCUGAGCUACAGAAUGGAGGUGAUAGUGGUGGUACUAGUUCACACAGUGAAAGUACCGAGGGUAGCUCAGGGGAGGUAUAUGAAAGUAGUAAUGAAGGAGGUUCAACAUCUGUUAGGCGGGAAGGUCGCAAUACGAGAGGAUCAGUCACUUUUGAAGAAAGUGGCUCUUUACCAUUCCUUAGCCUAGCGCAGUUUUUUCUACUAAAUGAGGAUGAUGAUGACCAGCCAAGAGGACUCACCAAAGAACAAAUUGACAACCUAGCGUGGAGGAAUUUUGGUGAAAGCGAUGCUCUGAAAACCUGUAGUGUCUGUAUUACAGAAUACACAGAAGGCAACAAGCUUCGUAAACUGCCUUGUUCCCAUGAGUACCAUGUCCACUGCAUUGAUCGCUGGUUAUCAGAAAAUUCCACUUGUCCUAUUUGUCGUAGAGCAGUCUUAGCAUCUGGUAACAGAGAAAGUGUUGUCUAAAUGAGAUCUGAAUUUUUGGCUGAACAGCUGGUGUAAUAGUGAUGGGCAACAAAGUCACUUUCAUUAUGGCCACUUUUUGAGUGGUGCUUCAAUGUAAAGUAAUGAGUUUGGCUGCUUCUUCCCUCAUGGAAACAUUUUCUCAGAAUUAAAGCUUUUAAAAUGGGAAUCUCUUUAAAUCAGAGUCUCCAAAUCUAUUCAGUUUCAGUGUCUCGAAUUUCAGAAAAUUUUAUUUCCCCUAAGAUGCCUAUUUGCUAUAAAUUUCUUUUUUUUUUUCCCAUCAUCAAGACUGUUAAGCUCCUUCCCCCGCCUUCCCUUCCCCUCCCCAUGCAUUGUGAAUCUUAAAGACCUUAGCGCUCAGCUCAUCCCUUUAAGGAACUUAUCUGAGAAGUCAUCCUAGCUACAGCACAUGCUUCAUAGUGGAUUUUUAAAAACAAACCCAGCUAUUCCACUGAAUAUGAAAUUAAUUCAACUGCACCCUUAAAUAUAAUUUUGGUUAACUUUCGUAUUGCGUAUUCUUGGACAUGUGAGUGCAGAUAACACUAAUGGUAGCCCUUUUCCCAUUGUACAGCUGUCUCCAGCCCAUCACUAUGGCACGCUGUAGAGUGAGCUGAUUGCUUAAUCGGGAUAUUUAUCUUGUGGAAAUAUAAGAUAUGCCUAUGCUUGUUUAAAUAAAAAAAUCACAAUUUUUGUUUUACAAUUGUAAAGCUUUUUUGUAGAAGCUCAGUACUUUUCCAGUGCACUGUUGUACUAAUGCAUUAAGAAUUAAAAUUGUACCAUGCUUAGAAAUGAAGAGAAUGCUUUUCAUAUAAGACCCACCACACACACAGCAAACUAAAUACAAGCGAGCUGCUUUUGUAAAUGUUAUUGUCAAGAGCAGUGCAUAUCUGUACUAUUUAAUUUAUGUGAACAGCUACUGUAACAUAAAACAGUUAAGAAUUAGACAUCUUAAUUGCAUUAAAACUGAUGGCAAUUGAAUGUUAUAAUUGCAAUGUCUUGGCUCAGUAAUGCCACCAAAAAGGUGGUGAUAAAAAAAAAAAUAGAAACCUGCUCUGAAGACUGGUUUUUUCUUUGUAUGGUUACUGAUCUGUAAUGAUACAAAUUUGUAUGUACCAGUUUCAUUCAGUGAGGAUUUUGCCCAAGUUUUGUAUGAAGCUGUAUUUUAAUCACUGAGGGGGCUGUAUGUAACUUUCAGCAGUCAUGUUGGCAAAUUAAUUUUUCUUUUUCCACCCUAAUGACAUAAUUAAUCUCUGGAGCUUUGGUAGUUGAUUUAACACACUGACCUCCAAAUAUCAAUGGAAGUUGCAGUGUCCAGGGUAGAGAAAUUAACAUUUAGGUGUAACUGAGAAAUAAUCUUCUAACAGAGGUUUAUCAAACGAAUUGCCAAUCUUAAAUUGUUGGUUACUGGAAUACAUUUAAAAAAUGAAAUUUCAAGUUGUUUGAAUUUGCAGCUUAUUUUCCUUAAAGUAAAAUAUUAGGCAUGUCUCUUUACUGUUAAAGACUGUCUAAAUUCCAGUUGCGUUUUGUAUUAAAAGUUAAUGUGGGCUUAUCACAAUUCAGAUCUUAUAAAUGCAUUUACACAAUUUUAAGUCUUCUUUGGAAAUGUUCAUAGCUCAGCUGUCUUUACACGGUGGGAAACCUCUUCCCCAUCUCCCCCAUCCCCAAGAAACCUUCCUUUUGUUUUACUCUUUAGUAGCUUUGCCAACGCUACAUGCUUCUCAAGGAAAGCAGCGUUCUGUUUCAAGUAAAAAAUAUAGUAGUUGUUAACUAGGGAUAUGAACUGCUCUUGCUGGCUAGGUCCAAACUGUUGCUCGAUACUCAGAUGGCAAAACCAAACCUGUCCUGUCUUUUUUACGUUAACAGAUCUUCAGUAUUUGAGUGGUGGUUACAUAGAACGUCAUCCUAGCUGUUAAAGCCAUUAUAAUUGAACUACUCACCAGCCAGGUCAGGAUUCCAAGGUGUUCUGGAGCGCUCCCAUUUUUCUAACAGUGCAUUUUCCUGUCAUCCCCAGUUCAGUGGGGAAUCCUGACUGGCUGGUGAGUUCGCUUUCCUUGUGGUGGAACGCUCCAUCAUUGUAAGGGUGUUCCUUAUCAUAUGUUUUUAAAACAUUUAUAAACAAAUACAUGCUCUCGAAUGUUUUCUCUCUGAGAUGUGUUCAGCUAUAAAAUUGGAGGUUGGAUAUUAAUGUUACUGGUUGGACUUUGAUUCAUGAAUGUAGCUAAUGAAUCUUAAACCAAAACUACUUCUCAAACAUUGGACACCAUGAUUUUGAAUCUUUUCUGUAGUGUGCACAUAAGUGUAUGCAAUCACUUGCAUUUUUCAGUAACAGUCUUUGCUGACUUGGACUGUAGAAUUAAAAUUGAAAUAUUUUAUAGUGGUAUUUGCUACUGAUUUCUAAAUACACUUUUAGCUUUUUAAAAUCAGAUGUCUUAGGAGGACUAAGGACAGAAAUUAGAAUAAUAUGAGCCCAUUAGCAACAAGCGAUACUCAGUGGAGCAAGGCUGUAAUACCUCAUUAAGAAGUUACUCUUGUUAAUUCAGAUUGUUCUUGGUUUCCAAGAACUAUACAGUUCAACAACCAUCUUUGUAGUUUUAUUAUGAUUGCCUAAAAGUGGUAUGCCUUAAUGUUUUAACUUUAUGUAAUUGUACCAACGGUUUAGUGUCUGAGGUUCCCAAAAAGGUACCAGAAACCAGUGUUCACCUCAAUUAAGAAUCCUUUGAAUGUUUCAAAUGUUUUAAUUAUUUAUAAUGAAAUUCCUUUUUAAACUUACUAUACCAGUAGCACUGGGGUUUGUUUCUUUGACUUCAAACAAUUGGCAUGAUUGAUAUUGCUGUUAGUGAGGAACUCUUAAGUAGAUGAGGCAUUUACCAACGUCCACAACAGUUCUGGAAAUGAGCAAUGGUAUAACUGUGCUCUGAGCUACAUCCAGUAACUCAGUGGCGUUUAUGAAUUACUUUCGUAUUAUGAAUUGUGCAAAACAAAUCUGUGGAAAAUUAUUGGCCUGAUCCAGCAGCAGGAAUUCUCAUCUUAAUAAGGGUUGCUGGAUCAGGCCCUAGUAUUAUAAGGUAGUUUAGUUCAUUCCAGUAUAGUACAAUAAAUUUAUGGGUGUCAUUCUUUCCUUUAAAGUUAUAUUAAGCUUUAAAAGCCAAUAUUAAUACUUCAAUUUUAAAUUAAAUUGCAAGCUUUAUAGGUAAAGUAUAAAAGCGUCUCUAGUGAGGUGCUCACAAUUAGUAAAGUUAGUCUCUUGAAUCAAUUUAUUUAAAAAUAUAUGAAUCCUUUUGGUGCCAAGCAUUCUUAACAUAUUUGCAUCUAUAGCUUUCUUAAGCUUAAACCUAUUUUUUCAGCAUUGGAAUUGUAGAUGGAUGUGCACUGUUUUUACAGCCACUUUACUGGAUGCCAGUGGCCACUGAGAGGUUAAAACACAGCCGUUAUCUUUUGGGUUUUUUUAAUGCCCACGUGUACAUAGAUGAAUAAAUUUAAAAGAUUCUGGUAGCCUUAUUAUACAUUUGCUGCUCUCCUCUCCUUAGUUUAUAGUGCCAUCUUGAGGAAGCUUUUUUUACCCUCCUUCAAAGUUGGGGCGAAUACACAUCUUUGACUCCAUUAUUUAUUAAAACAUUAAUUUCUUUGCUGUUUAAGUUGGUUUUGUGUCUGAAGAAGCUCCCCUGCUAGAGCUUGUAUAAGGAAAGCUGAUGUUAAAAAAAGAAAAAAGAAAAAAACACACACACACAAUUGCACAUUGUGGACAGCCAUCCUUCCGGUGUUUGGGAUUACCCCUAGGUAUUUAAAAUGUAGAAGAGUGCACAAUCUUUUGUUUUAUAAGAGUGCAGCAUAUAGUUCUAAUCAAACUGCAAAUUUGUAGACAUUUUUAAUGGGUUUUAUCCAUUAAGUGAAAGAACUGUGAAAAAUAGUGAUUGGUUUUUAUUGGGAUUCUUCUUUUACUUGCACUUUUGUAAAAAAUAAAAAUAAAAAUAAACAGCUUUUUGCAAAUAGUAUUUUGCAGGCAGUUAGUUCAUUUAUGUUAACUGAUCCUUGUUUGGAAAAUAGUGUUAUUUGACAGGGUAGUUGCUGCACCGCAUGCAUAGAAACUACUCGUUAAAAGUUUCUUAAGGACUUUCUGUAGGAAGUAUUGGUGUGCAUGCAUAGCAGCUGCACUAACAUGAUACUGUACAAAUUUUGAAGAAGCCAUGAUUGGCCAUUGUGCCAACUUGCAGAUUAAUGUGUUUUCAACUAAUGUUGACACAAUGGACAGUAAUGACUGUCCGCUAUCCAUGGAUUAUGCGAAUAUGUAGUGUCCAAAGGACCAUUUCACUAAUCUAAUUUCAGUAUGAAAUUUAUCUUAAAAUAUUUGCCUACACUUUGAGGAAAUUCAUGGUCUGAGAUAUGUUAUCGUAACUAGGGUCUAAUUUUAAGAUGAGAAAAGAAAUUUAGUUAAAGCAUUGGUUUCCAUUUUGUACCAGUGUGCCUAGGUAUUCUAUGGGUCUUCCAACAGUGUGUGUUCUUAAUCAGCACAUAUAUUGCAAUAUCAAGGUUCAGCUGGCUGGGUUUAGCUGUUUAGCUGCAGCCUUAACUUUUCUUUGCAUUGUUAAUUUGAGACCCUUACUAUAACUGUAAUGUGGCAUUCCGUGUAAGAAUCUGGUGUUUCCAUUCAUCCUCAGUACGACUGGGGAUUUAUGUGACUUGAUUAGGGUUACGUGAUCAGAUCUUGAGUUGAUUAGGUAUGCAGUUGUAAUGGAAAUGCCUGUGCCAGAUUAGCUGGCUUCUCCCAGGAGGUGUUAACUCGGAGCCAUGUUAAGGGAAUUAAGCAACACAGUUAGAAAUAUUUCAAAUUUUCACCUACAAGAGGCUUUUUUUUGUUUGGGUUGGGUUGCUGAGGGGAAGGAGACAAGCAAAUCUAAUGGUAAUGUAAUUUACUCAAAGCACAUUAAAUUAUGUUGUGUAAAAAUUAGUUUGAUUCUGUUAUAUCAGGGCUUCCCAACCUCUCUUGCACCGAGAUUUCCUUUUUCUUAUGGGCGAAUCCAUUAUUGAACCUUACUUGGUUCCAUUAUCUGGUUUUCGUCACUUAAAUUAAAAUCCCAAGAGCCCUUCCCUAUAUCUGAUAGGCUGUUGGCUGGGAAGCCCUGUAUUAAACUGAGAAUGUAACAAUUUUCCUUUUUGUACAGUGCUUUACAUUGUUUAUAUUGGACUUUAGUACAAAAUGGUACUCUAAAAGGUCAUAAAACAGUUUGAUCAUAUUUGAUAGCUAACAUUUAGGAAGAGUUUGUUUCCUAUGUAAGAUGUCAUAAUGCAAAUUUAAAUAGACUCAAUAAAAUGCAUGAAGUGAUAA